GCUCUACAACCGAAGGAUUGUUUUUUUCCCCGAUGUGUUUCAUUCAGUUUUUUUUAUUUUGAAAUUUACUGUUUCAGCACACCGCAAUCGUGUUCCCGUUAUUUGCACCUAGCGUAAGCUCCACUAACCUGGGCUUUCAGUUUAAUUUUCUUUUCUUUCAUUGUCUACGUUUGAUUUAGCCCAAUGACUAUGCUUCUUGAUAGCGGUCCGCAGUUCCCUUCGCUAGGAGUAGGGGGAUUCGGAACACCACGACAUCAUGAAAUAGGAAACAGAGACCCAAGCCUGGGACUGAAUCCCUUCGCCGAUUCCUCUCACUCCGCAGCUUUCAAAAUCAGCCCGGUGGCUCACGAUAUCGCCUCCAGCCAGACUUCAGCUUUUACCCCGCAAGCUACUGGGUAUGCAGCUGCCCUGGGACACCAUCAUAGUGGACAGGUUGGUUCGUACGGCGGGGGAGCGUUCAAUACAACCCGGGACUUUCUCUUCCGAAACCGUGGCAUGGGAGAGUCCGCUGCUUCGAGUGCCCAGCAUGGGAUCUUUGCCGCGUCUGCGGGGAGCUUGCACGGACCUCCUGGAAUCUCUGAUAACCCUGGACACUUGCUAUUUCCAGGGCUUCACGACCAGACGGUAAGCCAUACUUCACCAAGUGGACAUGUAGUCAACAGUCAAAUGCAUCUUGGUUUACGCGGGGACAUUUUUGGAAGACCUGACCCGUAUCGCCCGGUCGCAAGCCCUCGGACGGAUCCUUAUGGCGCUGCUCAGCUCCACAACUACAACCAUCCAAUCAAUAUGAAUAUGGGGAUGAAUGUGCCGACACACCAUGGUCCAGGGGCCUUCUUUAGAUAUAUGAGACAACCAAUUAAGCAAGAAAUGUCAUGUAAAUGGAUAGAUGAAAAUCAGAUGAACCGACCCAAAAAGACUUGCGACAGGACUUUCAGUACAAUGCACGAGAUGGUGACGCACGUCUCAAUGGAACACGUUGGCGGCCCCGAGCAAAGUAACCACAUAUGCUUUUGGGAGGAUUGCCCGAGAGAAGGGAAAUCUUUUAAGGCCAAGUACAAACUUGUGAAUCAUAUUCGUGUACACACUGGAGAGAAACCCUUCCCCUGCCCAUUUCCUGGAUGUGGGAAAAUAUUCGCCAGGUCGGAAAAUUUGAAAAUUCACAAAAGAACACACACAGGUGAGAAGCCGUUUAAGUGUGAAUUCGAUGGGUGUGACAGACGCUUUGCUAACAGCAGCGACAGGAAAAAGCACAUGCACGUGCACACAUCUGACAAGCCAUACAUCUGCAAAGUGUGCGACAAGUCAUACACACACCCCAGCUCUCUCAGGAAACACAUGAAGGUACACGAGUCUCAAGGUUCCGAGUCGUCUCCAGCAGCAAGCUCUGGAUACGAGUCGUCCACACCACCAGUGCUGGUGUCAGCGAACACUGAAGACCCGACAAAAACACCACCGUCAGCUGUACAAAACACGUCUGCUCACAGUGAUGGACUGCCACCCAACUUUAAUGAAUGGUACGUUUGAAGUCAGAAGCAGCCUUUCAGUGUGGACCAAGAGGUUUAGGAAACCUUAAAAACUACUCACGUUAAGGUGUAUAAAAUGGGAUUUGAAGAUCAUGAGGAAAUGAGAGCAAUCCAG